CAGUAGGUUUUCACAAUAUUCGCCAUGGAAGUCUCUCUGCGUUGCGACAUCGUAUAUGCAAGAACGGAUUUGCAUAUUUGAUUUGAUUAUCUAUUGUAUCUAUGCUCCGCGAUCAUUCUCUAGACCUCGUCGACUAUACUCGUAAUUACCAAGCGGUAUCUUGUCUACGAUCCAUACCAGAAUUCGUUUAUCGGGAGAAUUCGUUCAAAAUUCGCGUGAUUCGAAGUGAACAGGUCAGAAGUCCAUUCGAAAUGCAUGAUCUCUUCAAGUUUUUUAUUUACAUGGUGAUUAUCGAUUUUUGAAAUCUGGAGAGAAGAGACAAUGAAUACGGCAGCGGCGGGUAGCAAUACAGUGCCUUCUCAAUCGGGGCCUGGUCUGAAGACGCAUUUCAAAUCUCCCGAAGGCAAAUACAAGCUUCUCUACGAGAAGACAUUUCCCAUCGAUAUCGUCCCCAACGAUUCCCAUAGCAAAAGUGUUAAUGAUGCUCGCCUCAAAACUGUUACCCAGGGAACACUUGCUUGUCUUAAGGAUAAGCCAACGGCAGCACCAUUGCAAUCGUCAUCGAGUUUUGGGAUGACGAGUGGGGUGAGGUCUGCGGCUGCGAGGUUUUUGGGUAGCGGGAGUGGUAAUAAGGUGCUUAGCUUUGGAGCAAAUGGUGGAAGUAAAUUUAUGAAUGGAAAUCAAAUGCGACCACAGGGGUCUUUAACUAAUGGCAGCAACGAUGGAAGAGGAAAUUACUUGGUUUUCAAUGUUGGUGAUUUGAUUUACAUCAGUGACUUGAGUUCUUCGGAUAAGGACCCUAUAAAGUCUAUACACUUUGGUAAUAUGUAUCCCAUCUGCCAUGCAUAUGACCAUGAUGCUAAAGAUGGGCUCGAUUUGAUAAUUGGUCUGAAUUCUGGAGAUGUUUACUUGAUGUCUCUUCGACAACAAUUACAAGAUGUUGCGAAAAGGCCUGUGGGAGCUCUGCAUUAUAACAAAGAGGGCUAUAUUAGUAAUAGUUGCUGUACUUGUAUCAAGUGGAUACCGAAUGCCGAUGGCUCAUUUGUAGUUGCUCAUGCAGAUGGAAAUAUGUAUGUUUAUGACAAGAACAAAGAUGUUUCCUUGGAUCCAUCAUUCCCUAUGAUCAAGGAUCCGACUGAAUUCUCUGUUACACCUGCUCGGCACAAUAAGAAUCCAGUCGCCAGAUGGCACAUAGGCCAAGGUUCAAUUAAUGACAUUGCAUUUACGGUAGACGGAUCUUACAUGGCUACAGUUGGAAGGGAUGGUUACCUUCGAGUGUUUAACUACAAAACCGAACAGCUUAUAUGCGGUGGGAAAAGCUAUUACGGUGCUCUACUGUGCUGUGCUUGGAGCAUGGAUGGAAAAUAUAUUGUGGCCGGAGGAGAGGAUGAUUUGGUUCAAGUUUGGAGUAUGGAAGAUCGGAAAUUUGUGGCUUGUGGUGAGGGACACAACUCGUGGGUUAGCGAGGUGGCAUUCGAUCCAUAUUGGACUGCCACAAAUGCAAAUUCAGAUGGUAUGGAGGAAAACACCGUAUACCGAUUCGGUUCUGUUGGACAGGAUGCAAGAUUGCUUUUAUGGGAUCUGGAAAUUGGCGAGCUGGUGGUGCCAGUUCGUCGGGCUGCGUGUGGAUCUCCGAGCUUCAGCAAAUCAGCCCUGCGCAGUGACGGCAUACUGCAACGGGCUCCGAGCAUACGUGACCUGCCUAGACUGGCCCCCCUGGUUGCGCAUCGAGUGGACACCGAGCCCCUCUCGGGUCUGAUAUUUAUGCAGGAAUCGGUCAUCACCGUGGGGCGGGAUCGACACGCCAAAGUCUGGGCAAGGCCAGGUUUUGGUGAGAACCAGCCCAGCACCAAUUCCAUUUAGAUCAUCAACAACAACUGUUAUCUUCUUCAGGUUCUUCUUUAAUUUUAAUUUAAUUUAUGGGAUGGGAAUGAUGGUAGUUUAGUUUUGCUUUGAAAUAAUUGUAGUUAUUUGAUAAUGAUAGGCAAUUGCAUUGCAUUGCAUUUUGGUCUCAAAUGUUUAUGUUUUUGUGAUCAUCAUGUACAUAGGAAAUGCUCCUUUUAAUUUCAGUUCUGGAUCUAAAUAAUACACUAUAUAUAUAUAUAGGAAUUUAAUUUAAUUCUUCAA